UCGGGGAAUUACACGCGUAGCCAUCAUGAAGCUUUUUUGCUGCUCAGUCGUCGUGUUAGUCCUUCUCCAGUCCCUCAUUCCGGUCAUCCGGGCCGAGGUACCGGAGCCGAGAGACCCGGAUGUCAGAGCGCCGGAGAAGCGUCAGCUGGUGACAGGCAUCCUGUCCGCGGCUCUCCCAACCCUCAGUAAUCUCUUACUGAAGGAGACCCAUCUUGAUAAGUUUGUGGGCAAGGCCGUUGGCUGGGUGACGUCCUUUUUCGGCGGCCAGAGCGGAGACAUGCCGCUGGAGGGUACCCAGAUGAAGCUUCACUACAACGUCCAUCACUGCACGCUUCACUUUGGCAAAAGAUUUUUAGCCUCCAAACAUUGUAAGGCUGAGGUCAGCGAAGCUCACACCAAGACCUCCGAAUCCUGCACCGAGGGUAGUCAGGAGAAAGCGUUGAAGUGCGCCGUCAAGAAAGAGGUGACGAAACUGGAGGCCCUGGCUAAAGCCGUCGUGGCUCAACAAGCGAAACCCAAACGUCAGUUGGUGACAGGCAUCCUGUCCGCGGCUCUCCCAACCCUCAGUAAUCUCUUACUGAAGGAGACCCAUCUUGAUAAGUUUGUAGGCAAGGCCGUUGGCUGGGUGACGUCCUUCUUUGGUGGCCAGAGCGGAGACAUGCCGCUGGAGGGUACCCAGAUGAAGCUUCACUACAACGUCCAUCACUGCACCCUUCACUUUGGUAAAAGAUUUUUAGCCUCCAAACGUUGUAAGGCCGAGGUCAGUGAAGCUCACACCAAGACCUCCGAAUCCUGCACCGAGGGUAGUCAGGAGAAAGCGUUGAAGUGCGCCGUCAAGAAAGAGGUGACGAAACUGGAGGCCCUGGCUAAAGCCGUCGUGGCUCAACAAGCGAAACCCAAACGUCAGCUGGUGACAGGCAUCCUGUCCGCGGCUCUACCCUCCCUCAGUAAUCUCUUACUGAAGGAGACCCAUCUUGAUAAGUUUGUGGGCAAGGCCGUUGGCUGGGUCACUUCAUUCUUUGGUGGUCAGAGCGGUGACAUGCCGCUGGAGGGUACCCAGAUGAAGCUCCACUACAAUGUCCAUCACUGCACCCUUCACUUUGGCAAAAGAUUUCUAGCCUCCAAACAUUGUAAGGCUGAGGUCAGCGAAGCUCACACCAAAACCUCCGAAUCCUGUACCGAGGGUAGUCAGGAGAAAGCGUUGAAGUGCGCCGUCAAGAAAGAGGUGACGAAACUGGAGGCUCUGGCUAAGGCCGUCGUGGCUCAACAAGCGAAACCCAAAUAUUGAGCCGAUGGUAUAUUUAUUUGGAGAAAAUGACCCAGUAUAAGUGAAUUGAUUGUAAAAACCUUGAUAUAACAAGAAAACUUUUCUAGAAAUAAAAAAUAUGGAAU